CCCACUUGAGCUAGCUUCACACUUCGCUUCCAAACCCUAACAAAAGCGCCAACAAAAACCCCUCUCUCUCUCUAGAUCUCACCCACCUGAGCAUUUCCGUUAAUGUGCUACAGCUCUCCGCGAACCCACGACGUCUCUGUCUCAUUCAGUUAUAGAAAUACUGUUUUCAUUGCAUGAUUACGUAGGCCAUGGCCUCGGCUUGCGUUAACAACAUCAGCAUGUCGCCGGAGAACUUCUCGUCGGGAACUUACCCGUCCUACGGUUGGUUGAGUCCGCGAAUCUCUUUUAGCCGUGAAGAGGAUACCUCCAAGCAAUCAGGAUCUUCUAAUACUGUCUCAUGCGACGCUCCAGCUGAAGAUCCGCCGGAGAUUCUUGAUUCUGUUGACUUUGAGUUCCGUCUCGAAGAUCCCGUAACCAUGCUCCCCGCCGAUGAGCUUUUCUCAGAUGGGAAGCUGGUGCCGCUCACGACAAUCAAGCCGGCCAAUGCUUUGAGCGAGAUCAGGUCACCCGAGACUGCCAAGUCUUGCCGUAGAAUGGAGAUGGAAAUAUCCGUUACUGACCCUUGCCUGUUUUCUCCAAAAGCCCCCAGGUGUUCGAGUCGAUGGAAGGAGCUAUUGGGGUUAAAAAAGCUUUACCAGAAUGCGAACACCAAAGCUGAUGCCCACAAAACAACAUCGUCAUCUUCUUCUAACCCUAUCCCAAAAUCGUUGAAACAUUUCCUGCAUAGAAGCUCAAAAUCUUGCAGUUGCAAUUCAUCAUCUUUGGAUCACUCCUUGAGUCUGCCGUUGUUAAAGGACACGGAGUGUGAGUCCGUUUCCAUUUCAUCAUCGCGAUUAUCGCUUUCUUCUUCGUCUUCGAGCCACGAGCAUGAAGAUCUCCCCAGACUCUCUCUUGAAUCCGAGAAACCGAACCCUAGUUUAAACGUCUUCCAAGAUCCAAAUCCAAACCCAUUUGUUCUCAAUAGGAAUCCAAAUCAAAAUCCUCUCAGAAUGAGAAUGGUGAAGCCCAGGUCAGAGACCAAUAGCAAUAGCAACAAUAGCAAUAACUCCACUUCUGCUACGAGAGUGGGAAGGAGCCCGAUGAGGAGGGCUGCUGGGGAAUCGAGUGGGGUUACAAGCAGGGGGGUUUCGGUGGACAGUCCGAGAAUGAAUUCAUCAGGGAAGAUAGUGUUCCAGAGCUUGGAGAGGAGUUCCAGCAGUCCAAGUAGCUUUAAUGGCGGUUCAAGAUUUAAGCACAGGGGAAUGGAGAGAUCAUAUUCAGCAAACGUGAGAGUGACUCCGGUUAUUAACGUUCCCGUUUGUUCCCUGAGAGGAACAUCCAAGUCAGUCUCCGUAUUUGGGUUUGGUCAGCUGUUUUCUUCUCCUCCCCAAAAACGAGAAUGGGCCAACAAGGGGCAGCAGCAACACGGUAAUAGCAGAAACCGGAUUGAUCGAGCGUAACAGAGAAGGGUGUAAGCGAAAAGGUGUUUUGGGAAAUGAUGACAAGAUUGAAACAGUAACAUUUAACAGAGGCGCCAGCUCUGCUGAAUAAUCUUUUGCACGUCAGUCUGAUCCCAAACUCUUAUUACCCUUUCUAUGCAAUGUUUUAAAAAAGUAAGUUCUGUUUUAUUACUCAGUGUUAUUUUUAGAUUUUAAUCAGCUUAUAAACUACUUAUUUUGGACUUUUUCAAUGGGCCAUUGAUAUGAGAAAAGAUUAUUUGGCCGGUGGACCACAAAUGAUCCUGCUUGGAUAAACAUGUGGGUCAAAUUCUUAAAAUAUGUUAUGCUUUUAUGAGCA